CUAACGGGUGACCCUAUCUAUAUCUUGGACCCGUGCAACGCCGCCCCUUCUCUAAACCCUAGAGGCUUAACCCCCUACUACGGUAAUUUGUAUUUGUGCGUCCGCGUCAAGCACGCUUACUUCCGGUUCCAGCGGCCGCGACAAUGGCCUUCUCCGCCGCUCUUCGCCGUGCCGCUUCUGCCGCCGCCCCUGUGGCCGUCCGCUUCCUUUGGCGAGGCCACCAGGCCAACCGCUCGACGCUGAUCCAGAUCCUGUCUCCGAGGACAACGAUCGGAGAGAGAACAGCUUUCCCCUUCUCUUCCGCCGCGUGCUUCUCUUCGGCGGCAAAGAAGCCAGCUACCGACGCCGACCUCGUCCGUGUCAUCGAGUCGGAGAUCAAGUGUGCACUGGAGUCUGACGACCACGAUCGAGUGGAGGAAGUGCCCGACGGGUUUCCGUUCGAGAUCCAGGAUGACAAGGGGAUGAACACUGUAACCCUUAAGAGAAGCUUCCAGGGAGAGAACAUUGAAGUCAUAGUUUCUAUGCCCAGCCUCGUCACCGGAGAGGAACCGGAUCAUGAUCGAGUGGGUGACGAUGAUAAUGAGGACGGUGAUCAAGAGGAGAAGCCCGGUCAAUCCAGCGUUCCGCUGACCGUGAACAUCUCGAAAGGAAAUGGGCCAAGCUUGGAGUUCUCUUGCACUGCCUACGCUGAUGAAGUUACAAUCGACAGCAUGUCCGUUAGAGAAAACAAAGAAUCUGAUGAUGAGAUGCUUGCCUACGAAGGACCCGAUUUCAAUGAUCUGGAUGAGAAUUUGCAGAAAGCUUUCUACAAGUAUCUGGAGAUUAGAGGAAUUUCGCCCAUGACAACCAACUUUUUGCAUGAGUACAUGAUAAACAAGGACAGCCGAGAGUACCUGUGGUGGUUGAAGAAUUUGAAGCAGUUUAUUCAGAAUUAGAAUCUGAAAAAUUUUCCCAGAUGAUACGAUCUUUUAGUUUGAAUCAUUACCAAAUUGCAAGCUCGUUAUGAUUUGUUUAGUGACAUUACCAACCCAGCCUAUUAGCAUCUUUGAGAAUGUUAAUGGAUGUGAGCUACUACCUGACGUUGUUAGUUCAGUUUUGUACUGGUUUCAAGUCCAAAACAAUGGCACCAAUCUCUGGCUUGCGGAUUUUA